AUGACGUGUAUUACUUCGACAAGCUAUGUGCUCAUGCUUAAUAGUAAUCCUACACCUAUUUUCAGUGCAAAGAGAGGCCUUCGCCAAGGAGAUCCACUAUCUCCUUUACCUUUUGUGAUUGAUGAUUUGAUGUUGUUCUGUAAAGGAAAUAUUUUCUCUAUUAGAGCCUUGUGUAACUGUAUUCUUUUAUUUUCCCAAUCAUCUAGAUUGCAAGCUAAUUCAGCUAAGUCAGUUAUUUACACCGCUGGAAUUCCUACUGAUAUAAGAGAAGAGUUCAGGACUAUUUCCCAGUUUGCUUGUGGUUAUCUUCCUUUCAAGUAUCUUACCGUUCCUUUUUCUUCCAAAAGACUCAGUAUGGUUGAUUGUGAGCAAAUAGUUGACAAGAUGACUUGGAGGAUUAGAGCCUGGAGUGCGAAGAAUCUUUCUUAUGAUACUUUUUGUAAGUCGAAAAAAGCUGGUGGUCUUGGUAUUCGAAAUUUGCAAGCUUGGAAUAUUGCGGUUUUAGGAAAAAUAGCUUGCUAUAUCUCGCAUCUCAGGGAGUCCUUAUGGGUUAGAUGGGUGCAUGGUGUUUACUAA